UCCGUAUGUCACCGCCAACUGGUCUAAUGGUGAUCGACGGCGUGGACACCUCCAGCAUAAGUUUGGCCGAUUUGCGUAACAAGUUGUCAAUUAUACCGCAAGACCCGGUGCUGUUCGCCGGUCCCGUGCGGCGAAACAUCGACCCCUUCAACGGCCACACAGACAAACGCUUGUGGGAAGUGCUCGAAGAGGUCCGCCUCAAGGACGCCGUCAUAGACCUGGCCGGAGGUCUGGACGCAGACAUAUCGGAAGGCGGCGGCAAUUUCAGUGUUGGUCAGAGACAGCUCAUAUGCCUGGCCCGGGCUAUACUCAAGAACAAUAGGAUUCUGGUGCUGGACGAGGCCACGGCCAAUGUCGACCCCACGACUGACGCGUUGAUCCAGCAGACCAUCAGGGACAAAUUCGCCGACUGCACAGUACUAACCAUCGCCCAUAGGCUGCACACCAUUAUGGACUCGGAUCGGGUGCUAGUGCUGGACGCCGGGCGGGUCAUCGAGUUUGACGAACCGCACACACUAUUGGCUAACGAGAGCGGACUCUUCGCGUCGAUGGUCCGCAUGACCGGCAAAGGGAUGGCACAGAAUCUGAAAGAAAUGGCACAAAUAGCUUAUGAUAAUCGACGCAAUGAGUCGCCAUUCAAUCGCUUCCAGAUAUCGGACAUCAAGAAUACGCUGUCCAAAGAGGCGCCAAAGAUCGACAACAUUCACGAGAGUCCGGAGAUCGAUGAGGACAGGGAUGCGGGCGUUGAGAUGGCGACCAGCGAUGAGCGCACCGACAGCUCCGAUAGCGGUAACCGCGGCGACGACGACGAGGCGAAGACAGACUUGUGAGGCGAGACACAUACACACUCACGAACGCCAUUAAUAUUACUAGAUUUAUAAAUAUAAUUUUGUUUUUCAUUGAUAUGAUUAUAAAGACAUGUAUUUUCUAUGCGCUGUGUUUUUAUACGUGAAUAAAAAGCCGUUUCGGAAAUUGAGAUUUAAAUCUAAAGGAA